CCGCUCGGCCCGGUCCGUAUUUGAGGCCCGCGGCGCUUCGGACGCUCACACUCCACGGUCUCUGGCUCCAGCCCGGCUGAGACUCCAGGACUCGUCAUCAUGGAUCCUGUGCUGGAAGCAAAUGGUACCUUUGCCCUAAACCUUUUGAAAAUACUGGGCAAAGACAGCUCAAAAAAUGUAUUUUUCUCACCUAUCAGUAUCUCUUCAGCCCUGGCCAUGGUCUACCUGGGAGCAAAGGGGAAUACUGCAGAGCAGAUGGCUCAGGUGCUGUCUUUCGAUAAAUGUGGCAAUGAUGGAGACGGAGAUGUCCACCAGGGCUUUCAGUCACUUCUCACUGAAGUGAACAAGACUGGCACGCAGUACUUGCUUAAAGCAGCCAACAGGCUCUUUGGAGCAAAGUCUUAUACUUUCCUCUCCCCUUUUAAAGAUUCCUGCUACAAAUUCUACCAAGCUGAGAUGGAGGAGCUUGACUUUGUCAGUGAUGCAGAGGAGUCCCGAAAACAUAUAAACAGCUGGGUAGCCAAAAAGACAGAAGAUAAAAUUACAGAGUUGCUGUCUCCAGCUUCAGUGAAUUCAAACACCAGACUGGUUCUCGUGAAUGCCAUCUACUUCAAAGGAAACUGGAAGCGUUCAUUUGACAAAGAGCGGACCCAGGAGAGGCCAUUUAAAAUCAGCAAGAAUGAGCAGAAACCUGUGCAAAUGAUGUUUAUAAAGUCUACUUUUAAGCAGACUUACAUAGGAGAAAUUUUCACCAGGAUUCUGGUGCUUCCUUAUGUAGGCGAGGAGCUGAAUAUGAUCAUCAUGCUUCCAGAUGAACACAUCGAUUUGAACACGGUGGAAAAGGAAAUCACUUAUGAGAAAUUUGUAGAGUGGACAAUGCCGGAUAACAUGGAUGAAGAGGAGGUGGAGGUUUCACUCCCUCGGUUUAAACUGGAAGAGAAUUACGACAUGAAGGAUGUCCUGAGCAGUAUGGGCAUGGCCGAUGCCUUUGAGGAGGGCAAGGCAGACUUUUCUGGAAUGUCUUCCAAGAGAGAUCUGUAUCUGUCCAAAGUUGUGCACAAGUCUUUUGUUGAGGUCAAUGAGGAGGGUACAGAGGCGGUGGCUGCCACAGCCGCCAUCAUGAUGAUGCGCUGCAUGUUCACCGCUCGCUUCUAUGCCAAUCGCCCUUUCCUUUUCUUCAUUCAGCAUAGCAAGACCAAGGGGAUUCUGUUCUGCGGCCGGUUUGCCUCUCCAUGAGAAAAGGGUUGUCACUCUGUGUAGACCUCUACCUUGCAUCCACUCCUGUGUGCCUAUGACCCAAGUGCCCUUCUUAGUGUCACGAUCAUUAAGAAAUAAAGAGCCUUAUGGGGUGGGAUCACACCCUCAGAACUGUG